AAUAAAGGUAAACAUGCUUUAGAAAAACGCAGGUGUUAUAUAACUUUUAAGUCGCUAUAAUGGUCAUGAUGUUUCUUUGAGUUUGCCAUGCUUUUAAAAUUUCAGUAUUGUUUGCAUUUUCUUGAAGUUUAAAAAAAAACAGGAAUUAAAAGAAGGUGAAUUCAUAUCUUUUUGUUGUCAUGUUCUAACCUCAUUCCAUAGCAAUGUAUUUUCCUGUAUCGUGGCCAAAAUACUUGUCAGUUGGCCAAGGAGGCAAGUCAAGGUUAAAGAUCAUCGCGUGCAAUCGUUAUCGAAUGCUAUUUGCUGUCUUGACGGAAACUACUUUAAGCAUAUGGCAUUGCAAGCCUUGUGUUGAGAUUGUAUGUUACCAACGUUGUCAUUCAUCUGUUGCAUCAGUUGGAACCAAUGAACUCGCAGAAUGGAGACAAGACAGCAGCAUGAUUGCAAUAACAACCUCUGAAGGUUACGUUCUACUUUACCAACUUGAACAAGAUGUUCGUGGAGAUGACGGACUUCACUUGUACGAAUAUCAACAAACCAAAACCAACCAGGGCGACUCCAAUGAAGUGGUUCCAGCAUUAAGGUUGUCGCUGAAAGCAAACUUCAGUUAUAAAGCUAAGAUUACAAGUUUGACAUGCAUCCAUGAUGAACUACUUGUUGCAUUGGAAGAUGGGAGGCUUGAGAUGAUAACAUGGGAGCCAACAAGCGAUGUACAGAAGUCGAUACAUCUAUGUGAGAUUCCUUUCUCUGUUGAUCUCCAUGUAACAGGUUCCCAGUUAAAGAGUCGAGGAGUUCAUGCAGUAGAUAUUGUGUACAGUCCUUUCCUCGAGGGCUUUGCUGUUAUUUUAAGUGAUGGCCGAGCAGCAUUAGUAACCAUGACACAACCUGAUGAUUCAACCAAAGACUCUUUACCGCUCGGUUGGAAUGCUAGGGGAGUUUGGGCCCCAAUGAUCGACCAAGCUACUUGUAUUGCUGUGAACAAUAAGUACAGACUGCUCGCAUUCGGGACCGAAAUGGGGACAUGUUGUGUCUAUGGCAUCGACAAUGUUACUGGGUGUCUACAACUCUCACACACGGUGGCGCUAUCACCAACACAUUACCCCAACAUAUGCAAAUCAGUUGGUUCAGUGUUAAAGAUAGAUUGGUCACCAGAUGGUUCAGCCAUGUCCUUAGCCUGGUCACGAGGUGGUUUAUCAGUCUGGAGUGUAUUUGGUGCAUGUCUUGUGUGUUCUCUUGCAUCAGAUCGUGCGUAUGCUACUGAUGGAACUCCCCAUGUGCAAGGGAUAUUUAAAUCAAUGUGUUGGGGUGUUGAAGGUUACCACCUGUGGUUGAUCAGCGAGCAACCAGCGCCACCACUGGAGGUCAGUAACGGGCAUGUGGAGGAGAAAAAGAAGUCAGCGCGACGCAAACUAGUCGAUGAUGACGAUGACCAUAAUUAUAUAGAGUUAGGGCAACUGCUUCAACUCCAGUUCGUUAAAAGUGCUCUAGCCAUGAAUCCCUGCAUGACAAACCAUUGCCAUGUCCUAAUACACGGUGAGGACCGAAUGUACCUCAGUAUCGGUGAAAGAUCCCAACGUACAACAGUAUACAGCCCACCUAAGACACCUGCCUCUCCUAUCAAGAAACCAGCAUUCUCACCAACAAGGACAACUAAACAAAAUUCACCUAGAAGAAGAUCAACCCCUGCAAGCCACACCGCUGCCCAUUUUGACCUCAGUCGUCUCCCAACAAUAUCAAUGAAUGGGAAGAUGGCACAAGAAGAUGAACAACCACAUGAUGAUGGGGACGGGGAAGAUGGAUUUCUUGGUUCUGCUGUAAGCAACAAGCAAUGGACGGUCGUGCAAUUCCCAAUCAACUAUCUGCCAAGCAACUGGCCUAUAAGGUUUACAGCAGUAGAUGAGUCAGGUUUGGUGGAAAGAGUUCAUUGUGGUUGCGUGUUACAGUUUCUCGGAAAGCCAAGAUGAAAUACGGAUCUAUCCUCGCUUAACCAACUUAGAUAAUGCGUUUGCUUGCGUUAAGAAGAUUAAAUCACAGAUAUUGCUUGUCAACAUAUUUCAAGACCUUCUUAUUCUUUUCACUUACGAUUGUCGCAUCAUAAUAUUUGUUAUUUCGCAAGAUACUAAACUUCAUCGCCCAACAGCCAAUUUACGAUACCUUCAAGAAGUAUCAAUGGCACGUUACGUCCACUACCCUACCAUGGUGGCUUCGGUUACAUUAACAGCUCUCCACAUGGAGAGUCCGAUGAGAAGAUCGUCUUCUUCCUCGUCGUUUUCGUCGCGGGGAAACAGGGAGACAGAGGUCCUUAUAGUUAACGUGGCAGGUCGUCUUCUGCUCCUCCAACGUUCAUUGGAAGAUGAUGAAAUCAUUGAAGCGGAACCAAACGAACGUAAACCAAUGAGAUUCAACCCCCCGGUUGUCCUGGCAACUUGCGUCGAGAAUAUCUGGACAACUGAGCACAAGAAAAGUGAAAAGAUCCACUUAACGGAUGCGUUAUGGCUUGGUUGCGGAAGUGCUGGUGUGAGAGUAUGGUUGCCUCUCUUCCCUCCCCGACAAAGUCGUCACAACAGCGCUGAAUGCGGCCCCCAUCGAGGGUUUGAACUGCAGUUGCUAACAGCGAGAAGAAUAACUCUCACGUUCGCGUUGGACUCAUGCUACCCACUAGCUGUGCUGUUCAGUGAGGCUGUUUUACUGGGAGUAACCUCUGAGACAUUCCAAUACUCAAGUUACGAGGAGAAAAAACCUUCGAAAAGAUCUCGACAGAAAACGAACUUUGCGUUCUCGACGGUCGAACGAACGUGUGAAAUAUAUUUGCACCAGAUACUACGUCAACUCCUGCGUCGCAACCUUGGAUAUGAUGCGCUGCAAUUAGCAGCAACUUGUAAGAAUCUUGCUUGUUUUCCUCAUGUUCUGGAGCUUAUGUUGCAUGAGGUCCUUGAGGAGGAAGCCACGGCCUCGGAGCCAAUACCCGACCCUCUGCUGCCUACAGUGGUCAAAUUUCUAGAAGAAUUUCCAGAAUAUUUACAAACUGUCGUACAUUGUGCAAGGAAGACCGAAAUUGCCUUGUGGGAAUAUUUAUUUAACUCUGUUGGAAGCCCGCGCGAAUUAUUUGAGGAAUGUUUGGAAACCGGUCAGUUGACGACCGCAGCCUCUUACCUCAUUAUUCUACAAAACCUUGAACAAUUGGCCGUCGCACGACAAGAUGCAACAAAGUUGUUCGAUCAAGCGUUGCAGCAACGAAUGUGGAGAUUGGCCAAUGAUAUCGCUCGGUUUUUAAGAGCCAUCGGUGAUGGAGAUGCGAGCGCGACCCCCCGUCACCCCACAUUACUUAACACCAAUAUUUACCCUGCUGUAGCCCCAACAAUACACACCACGCCCACCGAGGCCGACCCUUCGUUCAAAUUCAGUUCUAAGCCAUCGAGCCCCACAUGCCCAGAAGAGCCCACCCCCCCUCACCCACGUCGGCUCACUACGAGGAGUUUUACUGAGUCAUACUUUGACAUCAAGCCUUCCCCUUCCUCUGUGACAUCACCGGGUAACACAAACACCUCUGUGACAUCAUCAUCGCAUCAUCCAUACAUACCAAGGUAUGGGACGCGACAAUAUCAUCAGGACCACCCCCAUAUACACCGCCCCCUGCAGCAUUCUAUCAGCCAUCCUUUAUCUAGUAGUAGUAAUCGAUCAAAAAGAUUUUCCGGUGACAAGGAACCAAGUAGUAAAGAACACGCAGCAGCCGAAUGCGCAGAACAUUAUUUUAUUGAUGUCAUUCUCGCUAGACAGGCACGAAAAAUGCUGAGUGAGCGCAGACUGCAUGACCUCGGCACUUUUGCGGCUCACGUCGAUUUCCAACUCGUGCCGUGGCUUCGAAAAGAAAGGUUAAGAGCCGCAAGAGUGGACGAUGCUGUUGAAUCGUUCAAGAAACUUCAUGAAGAUUUUAACUGGCCCUUCCCAAAUUUGGUUGCUUCUAAAUCAGGCAGAAGUAGCCACAGUUCUGGUGGCUUCCCGUCUCACUCCCAAUCAUUUACUGAUCUUAACUCAUUAUACUCGCCACUAGAGAGCGCUAUAUCACCUUCCAAGUCAUUCAACCAUAACCAUUCAUCUCCGGGUCGACGACACACAACUGGUCCUAAACUUGCCCAUCAUGUUGGCUUGUCACCCAAGAGGGGAAUCCCCGGAUUAGAUACUUGUAGUUACGGCACAGACGAGGAGGGAAGUGGGAUCACUACUGUGUUAUCAGCUAAAGAAACUGGCUCUACUUUAACUCUAACUACUGUGGCGUCAGAAGUUUCAGAGGUUUCUGAAUCAAGUUUUGGGUUUGAUGAUUCAACUUUUGCGGGCGUGGAAGAUUUCACGGGAUUCCCCUUAAUUGGGAUCGAAAUGGAUGAAAAACGAGGAUCAGCGCGAUGCGAGAUGAAACUACAAUACUUGUUGGAAUUAUUCCUCGAAGCUGUGUGUUUGGAGUGGGCGGUGCUGGUGACCUUGAUGUUGCGCGAUCCAUCCAACCUUUCGAGGGUGGUGAGGUCAGCGAGGCCACCAGAGGGAGCUAUGGAGGAGUCGGUCCCACUUGAAACGCUUCAGCGAACACGGGAUUGUCUUUCAAACAUCGAUAAAUGGGCUGUGUCAGAAUGCCCUGGUUAUAAAGCUGUUCUCAUUCAAAUGCGGAGCAAUGUACAAGCACUUUAUGACAUCAUAACUGCAAGGGAAGUUUCCCACGCUGAGGAACAAGCCAUCAUUGCUAACCAACAAAAGAGCCACACCCAAGCAACAACGUCACCUGUCAAUCAAAACCAGGAGAAAACGGAGAAACACACGAGUCCUGUGACGUCACCACAUAAUCGCUCACCUGUGACGAUUAAAAAGAGAAGGGCGGUAGUCCCCGGUAUCGCCAUCGCUUCCGUGAACCAUGGUGACGUCAUCACAGAAGAAGCGGAAGUGACGUCACAAUCCGAUGAUUACGAAACAAACAGCGAAUCCCAAGAAUCCCACGUCAUAAUAACUCCACGUAUACGUCACAAUAGCGUACCGUGUCAUAACAGCGACGACUGCAUUGUGACGUCACACUGCAGAACGCCGUCGUCUCCAGCGAAGUUGAUCGCGCAAACGUCACCCGCGUGUUUGGACUCUUCAGAUGAAGGAACGAUAAACGUAGAAACCCCUCAACCCGACACCGAAACAGCGCCAUCUACCGACCAAUCGCAAUCCGACACUUUCACAGAUGACGUCACGGACUCGGAACCGGAAGUCGAGGACACCUCCGCUUGCUUGGUUUCGUAAUGUGAUCGUGUAACAGGGGCGUAUGCGGGAUUUUACAAAGGGGCCGAAUCCAUAUGUUCAAAAAUUUACAAUCUAAAUGAAAAUCCCAACUCAAUUUAAAUUUAUUUCAAGGUUUUACAUUUACAAAGGAUUUUUUUUAAUUGGAUUUCUGAAUAGCCUCCCUGUAUAUGGGAUUUUCCUCAUUCAACAACUUUCUCAUCAGAAAUGGACGUCAAAAUAGGCAUUUGCAUCUUCCGCCGUCACAGAUUAAUUUUGACACGUGACAAAUCGACGUCACAUUGAACUAGAAUCAAUUAUGGGAAAUCCCCUAACAUAGAACCGUGCACUUACGGAGGGAUAUAUUGUUAUACUCGUUGCUGAUUUUUAUUUAUUUUUACGCAGGCUAUUUCUAUACAGCAUUAUUGGGCACGUGAGUGUCUCGCCGGUGCUGGCUCGUCAGAACUAACGUUUUGCGCCCAUAAUAGGUACAUCCAGUAGUUAAAUUUCACAGAUCCUUACGUGCAAUUCUAUAGUGCCAUGUUUUUGCAUUCUCAACAUAGAGAUCUGGUGGUUAAGAUAUCUAUGUUGUGCCACUCCGUGACGUCACGAAUAAAUAAAAUGUGCCCGUUACGUCACCGAAACA